GUCAGCAGUGGUGCAGUAUUGUUAGUUACAGUGUAACUGUAUAAUUUGUUUGCACCUUAGCUACAAUGACACAUUAUCAGAGGCGACCUCAGGAUCGAGUCAGGGUGUUACAUAGCCAGUGAUGGGGACAACAAGCCAGAGCAGCACCAUCAUGGAAACUGGAGAUGACAUCCCAGAUCCUGCACAGUUUAGUGACGACACUGCAGCGUGCAUUGUUUCUGUGAAAGGCUUAAAGGAGAACUGGCAGAAAUGGUCUGAUGAGCACCGGGAGUACCAGAAGCACAACCCCUUCAGUCACGACAGCAGGCCCAGUGUGGUGGUCCCUCAGAGGGGGCAGGACGACUAUGGGAGGCCCCUGCAGGGGUCCAUGACAGAGCAGCGGGGGAAAGAUGCUCACACGCACAUCAGCAGAGAGGUUGAGGAGCUGUGUGAGGUGAUAAGGAACAUUGGAGAGCACAAAGAUGGGGAUAGAAGCGGGAGCGAUGAGAAAGUAAUCACUGUGGAAUUUGGGAAACUGUUUGAGCAUUAUGUGACAAUCUCUAAUAAACUGGUGGGGAUUCUGCUGCGAGCGAGGAAGCAGCGGCUGGUUGAGUUUAAGGGGGAGAUGCUGUGGCAGGGAAAGGAUGACCACACAGUUAUCACUCUGUUGCAAUGAUCAGAAACGUAGUGUUUACGCCUUGAUUCAUUUUAUGUGCAGUAUUGAGAUACUUCAUGGCCGCACUCACUGUGGUAUUCACAUAGCACUGAUUGUUCUUUUGUCACAUAAUAGCACUCUAAACACCUCUACCUAUACUUACACAAGUGGCUGAUAAGUCACACAGUAGGCAUACUAAUGCAUUUUUCGCCUAAUGCUUAAAAACACACAAUCUACUAAAUCAAUCCUGCAAAGUGCAGAUACAUACAGGAAGUACAGAAAGUCAC